CUCAGCCCCCAGCACCCCCCUCCACCACAGACCAUUGGGUUGGUGGUCUGCACCUCACUACCCACUCUCCUCCUGUGAGACAGUGGUAAAUGAUAUCAGAUAUCACACAUUGCAUGGAAAACUGGGCACAGAGGAUCAUUUAUGGAUGUGGAAAUGUGGAGAUGAACAAUAUCUUAACUCUGAAACAACACGGAGGGACAUCAAAACCGCACCUUGCUAUACCUCAAGAUUUUAUGCAGCAGGUAGAAAUGGAUCCUCUUCUGGAACAAGUUCUGGCUGGCUUUAACGCAACCCUCGGAGCUUCGAAUCGGACAGACCCCCUGGAUAAGUUCUCAGGAACACAGCUGCUGUGGCGCUUCAAACCUCUGUUUAUUCCGCUCUACGCCUUAGUUGUUGUUGUAGCAGGUGUUGGGAAUACUUUCCUUCUUGCCUGCAUUCUGUCAGACAAGAAGCUCCACAAUGCCACCAAUUUCUUCAUUGGCAACCUGGCAGCUGGGGAUUUGCUGAUGUGUCUGAGCUGUGUACCGUUGACGGCGUCGUACGCUUUUGAUGCACGUGGUUGGGCAUUCGGACGCCCGAUGUGCCACCUUAUUCCUCUGCUGCAAGGCGCAACGGUCUUCGCCUCUGUUUUAUCCCUCACUGCCAUCGCCAUGGACCGCUACGUGGUGGUGGCGUACCCAGUACGGAGGCGUAUCUCCGUGUGGGGAUGUGGCGCAGUGGCUUUGGGCGUCUGGGCAGUUUCGUUGGCCCUUGCCGCUCCGCCUUCCCUCCACACACGUUACGUGGACCUGCGACCAAGUGGCAUGGAGUUGGUAGUAUGCGAGGAGUUCUGGCUGGGUACCGAACGACAGCGCCUACUCUACUCCUGCUUCUUCUUGUUGGCGUCCUACAUGAUCCCCCUGCUGUCUGUAAGCAUCUCUUACUGUGCCAUCAGUGUGCACCUCCGCAAACACACAUUGCCUGGAGAGCCCUCCCAAAACCAGCAGCGAUGGAGCAAGCAGCGGCACAAGACUUUCUCCCUUCUGGUCGCCUCUGUGCUUGCCUUUGCCCUCUGUUGGCUCCCACUGCAAGUCCUCAAUCUCCUUCUGGAUCUAGACUCAGACUUCCAGAUUGUGGACAAACGCUACGUCAAUGUGCUGCAGGUCAGUUGCCACCUGAUAGCCAUGAGCUCAGCCUGCUACAACCCCUUCAUCUAUGCCUCGUUGCACAGCAAGGUCCGCAUGCACCUGCGGGGUUACCUGUGCCCCUGCAGACGUAGUGGGCAGGAACUACUCUCUCGCUGUUCGUCCCGCAACCCUGCCACCUGCCUGACGCUCAUCUCCGAGGUAGUGGUGAAGGAGAACCAAUCGCCUGAGAGCCCUGUCCCCGACAGCUGCCUCUGAAGAUGAGCAGCACAUCAGCACAGACUAAUCAGAAGGAGCACUCAGACAUUAAGGAGGUUUCGCAGCACUGGAGAGGUAUUCCAGCCAAUAUUCAAUGUUCUUAUCCGAAAACGAAGGCUUUGUUGUUGGUGGGCUUUUCUUUUAUGAGGACUAAAAAUAAUACUCAGGCUCUCAGCUUUGUUUUGAUGUUACUGUGGACAUUAGUGAUACAGGCUCAAGAUUCCUUCAUAGAGUACAUCUCUUUGACCUUGAAUGAAAACUCCUGAUAUUAAACA